GAAGAAGAAGAAGAGUUUUGCCGGGAAAGGAGAUAGGCGCAUGUUGGAGCUGUUGUGUGCCUUAAAUGCAUCUUGUACAAUAAAUGCAAGAUAACUGCUUGAGUGUGUGCAGACGAGCUCGCUUUGUGGGCCCGGGAGGCUACAACCUUAGUAGGUUACAAGCUCAAACAGGAGUGACAAUAAGUCAAAUGGAUGGGGAGACUUUCUCCGUGUUCGCUCCCACGCCAGGAGCCCUCAGCGAGGCGCAGGACUUCAUCUGUGAGAUCUGCAAAGAUGAUCGAUCGACGGCACGACGAAGGACUUCACCCGAUCACAGAUGCGGUUGGCGGCUAGCGCGUCUGCUAUCCAAAAAGCUUAAGAUCUCCUCUGGGAAGCUGGCCAAAUUUGCUGAUGGAGCUGCCGUCGUUCAGGUCAGAUCAGAUCCAUGUUUCAUCCCCUCGUACUAUGUUUUCAUACGUUCAUCUAUGUUAGCACUGCUAACUGUUGUAGCUUUGUGCCUCCGUCUGAAGCUGGGCGACACCUCUGUGAUGGUGACGGCUGUCAGCAAGACAAAACCAUCUACGUCUCGGUUUGUGGGCCCGGGAGGCUACAACCUGCGGAGGUUGCAAGCUCAAACAGGAGUGACAAUAAGUCAAGUAGAUGAGGAGACUUUCUCCGUGUUCGCUCCCACGCCUGGAGCCCUUAGCGAGGCGAAGGACCUCAUCGGGGAGAUCUGCAAUGAUGAUAUGGAUUUUGCUGCUGUUCACGCCGCUACUGAAAUAAGCAAGAGCAGCAGCAGCUAAUCUAUUUCAGAGGCAGAGGAGACUUGAGCACAGAGCCAAGCUCGAAAAAGAUAGUCUGAAUGGCUUCAAAUGUGUACUUCAUCUCCUUCGGAUAAUCAAUGUUCAUGGCAUACAGUAGGCCAAAGAGGUAUGCAAAGGCAGUACCGAGGUCUGGCGGGUUAUGUAGCAUGAUGCCAUUUUGUGAAUCUCACUCAAUUUGAAAUACAUUUUGAAAAAAAUAAAAUAAAAUAAAUUGUGUAUCUCACUUAAUUGUAAAUACAAUUUGAAAAAAAUACAAUUGUUUUCCGUGAGGUCUUGCAUGUUUUAAAUCACUGGCCGUGAAGUUUUACAUGAGCACCAACCACAAUGCACUAGAACAGGCAAAAAACAUAGGUUGGCUUCCACAUUAAGAGUCACAGCAAAAGCUUGGUUUUCAGAGACCUUGUCCGCUGAGAGCACUGAGAGCCAAACUCGAAAAAGAUAGACUGAAUUGCUUCAAAGGUGUACUUAAUCUCCUUUGCAUAAUCGAUGUUCAUAGCAUAAAGUAGGCCAAAGAGGUAUGCAAAGGCGGUACCGAGGUCUGGCAGGUCAUGUAGCACGAUUGAACCUUCCAACACAACAGCCCAGUCCCGUACGUUGGGUGAUACAGCAGGAUCAUCUUCUUCAAGGAUUGUAAGGAUGCCAAUCUGAGCACUCUUUCUUCAGGGUCAGUUUUCUGAGGAAUAAUAACAGAUGCAUGAUUGAGUGUUAGGUCGAACAAAAGGAUGUAAUUAGGGCCCGACUGGUAUGGAUCUUCUGGGAACGAUUACAAUUUUACAAUGUUCAAAAAAAUUGAAAAAAACCUUUAAAUUACUUUCAAAUUAAUUGAAGGCAGAACAUUAACCAUUAAAUAUUUUUAAAAAAUUGGGGCAGGAACUUUUCUUUAUUGUUAUAUGCAUUGGCUAAAGAAUAUGACAUUUGGGCAUUGAAAAACAUCUUUGG